AUGGUCGGACGAGAGGCUGCGCUUUGGCGGCAGCUGGACCACCCGAACGUAUUGCCGUUUCUCGGCGUGGACGAAACCACUUUCUCCCCGCAUUAUGCUCUCGUAUCGCCCUGGAUGAAAAACGGCAACCUGGUGGACUACGUUGCGCGCGUAAAGUUGAGCUCAGGCGACGUCAACCUCCUCGUACGUCACAUGGCGGUCAUAAUUGCAGGACAUCUAGCUUACAUCGCUACGUUCCAGCUGGUGCAGACCUCGGACGGACUGUCAUAUCUCCACUCGCAAGAGAUAGUACACGGUGAUUUGCGAGCUGCGAAUAUACUCAUCACCGAUGCCGGACAAGCUUGUUUGUCCGACUUUGGAUUGACGCGAGUGGCGCCUACCGCAACGCUGACAGCCACGACCACCCUAGGACGUGCUUCUACGCGCUGGACGGCACCCGAGCUCUUGAAAGAAGAGGUUGAUGCCCCCGAUCCUCCCAGCGAUGUAUACUCCUUUGGAUAUGUUUGCCUUGAGGCAUAUACGCUCAAACCUCCGUUUUGGGACGUUCGAAGCGAGGCAGUGGUCCUGAACAAGAUUCUGCAAGGCCACGUGGUGAGAAGGCCGACCAAGGAUGAAUGUAGUGGAAAGGAACUUUCGGACGAGCUAUGGUCGCUCAUGACCGGAUGCUGGUCGAGUGAUCCCAGCAGACGGCCGAGCGCAAGGCGUUCGGGAUCCAUGAUUAGGGAUACUUUGGUACGCGGUAAGUGA